UCUACUAAGUACUAGGUACAUAAUUUUAACCUCCAACAACCGGUAAAAAGCAAGAAUAAAAACAAGGGAAGAAUCUACUUCUGGAAAUUUGUGACGAAUGUCUUAAAUUUUAAUAUUAAUGAAAUCAUUCAUAGUGUAAGUCUUCAACGAAUAACAUCCUUUUACUCGUCUUCCACAAUGAACGUGCUCAUGCAGCGGUUAUGCCAUCUCCGGGGCGUGUAUUCGGUGUUAUUGAGAGGCUCUGACAAUGGCAACUUCGCGCACUGGGUACACGGUGCUCUACCAAAGCAUAAGUAUAGCACUCCGAGCGUGGCAUGUAUCGAUUCGGGAAAAACCCUGGGAGUACAUACUACCACUCCUAUCAUCGACGACGAAAACGAGAACGAGGACAACAGUGGUCCAGAAAGAAUACAAGAAAAUGCAUACGCUCACAAUCUCUUCCUGAACUCGUGGAAGUAUGAAAAGAUCGUGAUGCAGCCGAGCACGACAUAUGCUCAUGUUACAAACAAGGAAGCACUGGAGAUUCUGGAACAGGAUUGGAAUUUGAUUUGGACGAACGUUGAAAUAGUAUCCGCCAUUAAGAAACUGUCCUAUAACUUUUCUCACAAUAAUGAGGAGAAAAUCAAGUCAUUCGAAUAUAUGAAGGCUUUCAGCAAUCUAAAAAUAGAAAAGUUGACCAAUGACGAACUGAUGACUAUAAUGCGGCACCUGGUACUGUUCAACAAUCAUAUGAGACACUGCAACUUCUACUCCAAUCUCUGUAUGCGGAUAGACAGAGAGUGUAUGAAGCGUUUCUUGAAGUUGCCAAUAGAGCAGACAUUAUAUCUCUGUGACAUAAUAUAUCAGAUGACAUGUAGGAUUAACCGUUACUUUUCUCAAUACAUGUGGUAUUCCAUUAGGAAUAUAGGCAACAAACCUCAAAAACUUAGUCCUCAGCACCUGGUUCAGAUUCUGUUUUUUCUUAACAUACAUCGGAAGCCACCUAUAAAUAUGUACGAAUUCGAGUAUCAUUUGGAACGAUGCAAGGAUGAAUUGUCGAUCAACGAGCUAGGUAUAGCAGCGUUAGGUUUUUUCAAGACUAGCACGAAAAUUAAAAGCGCAGAUUUUCUGAAUUAUAUCAUCCAAAGGUCUGCAGCUGAAAUAAAUGAAGUGCAUAGUGUGAGCAUCGCAAGCAUUAUAAAAUUAGUACGAUACAGCACAAAUCUUACGGAGAUGAAAUCGCUUCUAGAUUUAUUGAAAAUUUUGACACCAUACGAGCCACAUUACACGUUGUCAUCUUUAACACAUAUCGCGCAAGCAUGUGGAAGAACUGCUGUGUACAACAAAGAGCUCAUGGACAGAAUAAUCACAAGAUUAAAUAAGGAAUUAAAGAUUGCAAGGUUGAAGGAUUUCGAAAGAUUCAUUUAUACUUUUACUAUGCUUGAUAUCAAUUCGAGCGUCUACCAGAACGUAAUCGAGGAAUUGAGGACUACUUGGAAUACUAUUCGAGCAUUCGAGAUACAGAAGUUUCCAUAUGUAGCUUCACGUAUUCUAGGAUAUUUGACAAUAAAAAGUAUAUUUCCCAUGGAUUUAAUCAGAUACGUCAUGGCACCUGAAUUCGUGACUAAAACGUGCCAUGGGAAUUACCAUUUUCUUUCGCGCGAAUACCUCGUACUUGAUUACAGUCUUCGAAUAGAAGUACCCGAAUACGAUGGUCCAUUUCUGAAACCUACUAUAAGAAGUUUUCUAGAAAAGAAAUAUUACGACUUAUGUCUGAACACUAACUCAAGCUCGACUAGGGCGAAUAUGCUUUUCUCGAACGUAUUGGCAACAUGUCAGGAGUUGUUCAACAACACGACGGAUAUAUCGAUAAUUCGUCCGUUACCAUACUUUACACCACAGGACAUUGUUUUAUGUUUAAAUGAACAAAAUCAGCUUAUGCCAUCAGAGAAAUACUUAUCGCAAUUUGAAGAAAUUGAUAUUAAACGAGUGGACAAAGAGAAUUCGAAUAACGUCAGGUGGAUUGCCCUCGUCAUAGGACAUCCUGGAUUAUUAAUAAGGAAUUGUCGAAAUAAACCUACUGGAGCGUUAGCUGUAAAAAUGAGACAGUUGUCUAUAAUUGGCUACAAGCCAGUCAUGAUAUCAUAUAUGACUUGGGACAUACUUCAAUCGCCGCGGGAAAAAUGUGAAUACAUCAAAAGUCUUAUUAUUAAAUAAUAUGUUAGAACUAUUCAACAUAACAAUGUCUCAGA